GAGUAAUAACAAAUGAAAACCGAGUUCUCGAACGCAAGAAGAUUCUACUACAAAGAUCCCGCUGACCCCAGUUCCUUCGUGUUUGAAGGUCUGUGUUGUGCCGUGCACUCGCCUAUGAACGAGGAUCUGUCUCUGAAUUUGGAUGCCGUCGAGCCCAUGGCAAAACAUUUGGUUGAUAGCCAUGUUACGGGAGCCUUUGUGUGCGGAACUACCGGAGAGUCGAUUCUUCUGUCUGUGGAGGAGAGAGAAGCUCUGGCCGAGAAAUGGAUUGAAGUCGGUCACAAGUACGGACUGUGCGUCAUUAUUCAGAUUGGUCACGAGACUCUCUCUGUAGCGCAACAGCUCGGUCGUCAUGCCGCUGAGCACGGAGCCGACGCAGUCGCUCUGGUUCCUCCGCGUUUCUUCGCUCCCCGCUCGCUCGGCCACUUGGUCCAGUGGAUCGAGGAUGUGGCGAAAGUGAUUCCCAAGCUUCCGGUCUUCUACUAUCAUCUGGAUAUUGUGAACUACACGCCGUACCCGAUCCACAACUUUUUGGAGCUGGCCGCUCCGCGCAUUCCCAAUCUGUGCGGCAUGAAGUUCACGGAUUACAACUCCUUCGAGAUGGGACUCUGCUUAGACGCCAGCAACGGUCGCUACACCGUCAUGAUGGGUCGUGAGGAGGCGAUGCUGGCUGCGCUGGCGACAGGCUGCUCGGGCUUCGUGGGCUCGACGUUCUCCGUGGCGGGAAAGCUCUUCGACCGGAUUCUGAACGCGUUUGCGAAGGGCGAUUGGGCGGAAGCGCGGAAGGACAUGUCGCGAGCCCGCCAAUUUAUCUCGCUGGUGAACUACGCAGGGAACAAAUACGGCGAAGGCGUGGACUCGAUCACGCUGUUUAAGGCGAUCUGGGGCUUCCAGGGCGUGGAGGCGGGUCCGAGCCGGACGUUCGGGUGA